CCCCCCCCAACAGUUAAGAAAACGACCAACCUGCCCUCACACAUUGCCUGGAUCCUGGCCACUCGCCCAAUCUUCAUGUACCCGGAGCUGCUGCCCACUUGUGCCAUGAAAGCUAGAGGACCCCGGGACAGAGUCUUCUUCACUAAGGCGGAGGACAAUUUGUUAGCUUUAGGGCUGAAGCACUUUGAAGGAACGGACUUCUCCAAGCAGCUGAUCAGCAAAUACCUGUUAACGGCCAAAACUUCCCAACAGCUGACUGUGCGAAUCAAGAAUCUCACCAUGAAGAAGGCGCCGGAGAACAUCUUUAAGUUCUACAAGAGAACGGAGGUGUUGCCAGCGCUGAGUAAGUGCUGUGAGGAUGUGCAGCCCCAGGACGCCAAACCCCCAGUGGAGAGAGAAAAGCACCGACUCCCGUUCUGGAUCAAGGCCAGCCUGAGCAGCAUUGAAGCAGAAAUAAAGAAGCUUGGGGGCGAUAAAACUUGCGGAGACUCCAAAUACCCGUUGCAGCUCCCACCUGGCGUAACCCUCACACUCAAACCUCUCCCAAGAAGCUUUUUCCGCAGAGCCUGGCGCCAGAAAAAAUCCACCCUGAAACCACUUCUCAUCCGGCCCAGCGCGCCAAAACCACCAGCUAAGUCUCCUUCGCAGACUCUUCCCAUCCGGAUAUUUGGACAGGUCCCACCUCCCGUUGUUCAACCUGCUGUGCCCACACAAGGAAUUAGCGCCUUACCAAUGGGACCUAAAGUGCCGGAGGUUUGUUUUCCCAUCGCUGCGCCGAAGCAACCCUCCCAAGUACCUACUGCGACGGUCACACAUGUGCCCUUGACUCAUGACAAACUACCUAUGUCUGCUCUACCUUCCCAGACAGCGCGAAAGCCCCUAAUUUGUGGCGUACUAAAAAAAAAGAUGGUGACCAGAGCAUCUGGGGUCAAGGCAGCGCCUCUCGUCCACUCGGGUCCACUUCUGUUUGCGUUGCCUAGUGGGGCUCUGAAGUUGGUCAGCCUGGGCACUCCCUGUGGCGUCCUUCAGCCCGUGAACGCGGGAACUGGGGUCCAUGUUGCUACUGUACUUCUCAAUUCAUCCCAAAUGCCUCUCAACCAAACCUUCACCCAGACUCUUGUUUCAACGCCCUGCGAGGUCAGUGACAACUUCACCAGCCCCGCAAUGGAUGCUGAUGUUGAAAGUAUUGUGAAAAAAGAGGAGGAUGAAUGGGACUGUGUCUCCAUCACAAUUAAAGUGGAAGCAGAUGAAAGCCACGCUACUGCAGGAGAAGGUGGAGAACAUGGAGUGGGAGGUGACAAUGGGUCACCUAAUGAGGACAGCAAAUACUGUGGAGACCACCCUUCUCUUUCCAUGAAUAAACCUCCAGAGGAGAGCAUCAGGGAACUUGUGUCCUUAAAUGAGGAACAAGCUGAUUUAAAGACUGAGAUUGGCGAUGUAAGAGGCAUGCCAGAGCUGCAGGGUGAGCCUGUAGAGCUGGACACUGAGAAUGAGAACAUACGUACACAGCCAGGAGAUAUGCAGGAACCUGAGAAUGUUACGGAGGAUGACCAUACAGAGGGGAAUGAACCGCAGAACCUGGAGACCUCGGCGGUAGAAGACUCCCCGAAAAACACUUCAUCCUCAACAGAUGGAGACGUGGAAAUGAGUAGUCCUGCUGGGGUCCCCAUAGACUCCUCCAGUCCUCUGGAUGGGCAAGAGAUGGACAAUGAGAAGGAUGUCCCAGAGGAGGAGGAGGAGGAAGAAGAGUUUGACCUGACUCAGGAUGAGGAUGAAAUGUCUUCUGCCUCUGAGGAGUCUGUGUUGUCUGUGCCAGAGCUACAGGAGACCAUGGAGAAGCUGACGUGGCUGGCCUCGGAGAGGCGUCUUAGUCAGGAGGGAGACUCCGAGGACAACUCCCAGGAGGAGAAUACUGAGCCUGAGGAGGAGGAAGAGGAGGAGGCUGAGAUCAUAGAGGGCUCAUUGCAGAAAGCAGAGGGAAUGACAGAUGAAGCCAGCAAGGAGAGUGAGAAGCUGGUAACUAGUCACCUGAGUGUUCCGUCACCAACACCAGUGGAGACCAGCAUAGCUCCAGUGGGAGAGCGGCGGCGUGGGGGCAGCAAGGCCCAGGGCUCACACAGAGCCAGAAGCAGAAGAGGCCGGGCACGAGCAAGCAAAGAUGCUUCCAAAUUGCUUUUACUUUAUGAUGAGAAAAUCUUGAUGAAGGACCCUCUGAGGGAUCAGAAGGACAUGGCAUUUGCCCAGUCAUAUCUGAGCAGGGUACGAGAGGCUCUGCAAUCAGUCCCUGGUACAUACGAAGAGUUCCUCAACCUGAUCUAUGAGUUUGAGACGAGAAGAGACAAGAGAACGGCCGUGGAGCUAUACGAGAGUCUGAGACAGCUCCUUCAUGAUUGGCCUCAGCUUCUCAAGGACUUUGCUGCUUUUCUUCUCCCAGAGCAGGCGCUGGAGUGUGGACUGUUUGAAGAACAACAAGCCUUUGAUAAGAGCCGGCGAUUUCUUCGUCAGUUGGAGAUCUGUUUCCUGGAGAACCCGGCACAACACCAGAAGAUUAUUAAGCUACUCCAGAGCUGUGCGGAGUGUCCCCUGCAGGAGAUAGGAAAGCUGAAGACUCAGAUGUGGCAGCUCCUGAGAGGACACAUUCAUCUACAGGAGGAGUUUUCUCUCUUCUUCGACCAACUCAGACCCCCAGCGAGCCGCAUGGAAGAUUUUGAAGUUAUGAACUGGACGGAGGAGAAGGAGUACAAAUUUGAUGGCUUUGAAGAGGUCACCCUGCCAGAUGUUGAAGAGGAGGAGGAACAGAAUAAGAGGCACAAGAGGCGGAAAGAGUCCGGCCCAGGACAGGACAAGGUGUCGCAGCGAUUCAGGGAGCUGAUAAACCUGUUCCAGACGGGAGGCGUCACCAGCUCGGAAGAUGAGGAGGAGUCUGGCGUUGGAGAGGCGGAGUAG